UCGGUACCUUCUACCUUCCCUUCCUCUGAGGCCUCUGAUUGUUUUUGGAGGCCUCAGGGCCACCCAGCAUGAAGCAGGCACCAUGGGCUUUCUGGAAAACUACCAGGAGAUCGAUCCCGUCACUUUGAACCUUUGCAUCCUCAUCGCCAGCUAUGUUAUCUUGCUCCUGGUCUUCCUGAUAUCGUGUAUCAUGUACGACUGCCGGGGCAAAGAUCCAACCAAGGAGUACGCCCCCGACCCACAACCGACUCAGUCUCCCAUCAGGCUGGUGGUGAUGCAGAGCUCUCCAGCCCCUGUGGGACGGUGGGACACGGCCAACAUGAUCACAACCUACCACGAGCCGACGCACUCGGACUUCAGGGAGAAGAAGAGCACGAUGGUCUGAGCGAGACUCUUGUACAUAACUGACUCUUUUUUUUUGUACAUACAUUUCUUUUUUUUAUAUUUCCUUGUUUUAUUGCUGCUUGCUGCUUCGGACAAUGCUAGGAUUUGACCUACACAGGACCAGACUCGGACGGUACAAACAAAGAAACCUGAACCUGAACCUGGAGUACUGGGCCCUGUCAGAGCAGUCAAAGGGCCUGAAACCAAUGCAGGGGCUUGUUCAAGAGGCAGGUUUACUGAGUAGUCAGGAUAACUGUGCAGAGGAAAAGCCAGAGGCCUGUCAAAUCUGAAACGUGGAUUAAAGAGAACAUUUUCAGGGUUUUUUUACACUACACCUUGGAAAAGGCUCCUGAUUGGAGUUUUGGUCAGACAAAUGUUUCCUGGAGAUAUACACUGACAGAAAUAAUCCUAUUGGUUGAGUUUAAAUGAAACUUAGAAUGCCAGACUGUACUUUAUAUGUAUUAUAGUAUAGUUAGCUUGCUAAUAACUGAAAUAAAUAUCCUAAUUCACAUUGUGUAUCAUGUCAGAAGUGCAUAAUUAACAGUCUCUGACUUGUAAGUAAGAGGCACUGUGCCUGUUCAACUUGAGGAGGCUUAUGUUCCCUCAAGUGU